CAAAAAGAGUGCGCAAAAAGUCGAUGCAUGGAUAGCGCGGGUAAUGGAAUCAGCACAAUUCCGUUUGAAAAGCCCGGCGACUGCGCGAACUUUUAUCAAUGUGAUAACGGACGACUUCUAACAAGACCAUGCGGUGUAGGAACUGUAUUUAAUCCAGUUCAUCUAGUGUGUGACUGGCCACGUAAUGUUGUUGGCUGCGAUGGUUCGAACCCAGUACGCCAAACAACAACUGGAGCAACUACAACAGGUGUUGUAUCAACGACUACAAGUACUGGUGCGAGUACCACCACAUCUGUACCAGUUACAAAUGCACCAACGACUACAAUUACAGCGCCAACUACCACAAAUUCACCUG